GAAUCAGUUAAAAUAAAAAAAAUAUCAAACCCUCUCUCGAAGUUUCCUUCUGUAACUUCCAUCUCUCUCCCAACAAAGAUAUUUUGUCGUGCAUUCUAUUUAUUCCCUUCCACACAAAAUUAAAAGAAAGAGACAUUACUUCUCAACUCUCCGAUAUUUUCUCCAAAGAGAAAUCUAAAUUUGCAGUUCCUUUUCACUAGUUCUCGAUGCUGUAGAAUUGAAGAGUGAGAGAGAGAGAGAUAGAUAGAUCGUUGGAGACGCGGCUGUGACUGAAACAGAGGAGAGAUCCGAAAAAUGGAAGCUGGAGGAUCCAACGUUAGAUCUAGCUACUACAACGUCCUCGGUAUUCGGAAAGAUGCCUCUGUUUCCGAUGUCCGCGCUGCUUACCGUAAGCUCGCCAUGAAAUGGCAUCCGGAUAGAUACGCGAGGAAUCCUGGUGUCGCCGGAGAAGCCAAACGUCGAUUUCAGCAAAUCCAAGAAGCCUAUUCUGUUUUGAAUGACGAGAAUAAGCGCUCGAUGUAUGACGCUGGACUCUACGAUCCCCACGAAGAUGACGACGAUGACUUCUGCGACUUCAUGCAAGAGAUGAUCUCAAUGAUGAACAAUGUCAAAGGCGAGGGAGAUAGCUUGGAGGACUUGCAACGGAUGUUCACGGAUAUGGUUGGUGGAGAUAGCGUGAUCUUUGACUGUAACAACAAUCCAAGGGACAGCAAAAGACCACGUGUUAAUAUCUCACGGAGUAGUGCUGCGAUGCGUUAGUAGUACUCUUGUUCUCUUUUGUGUUUGUGUCGUGUCGUUUCGCGUUGAACUGUCUCAUGCUAAGAAGUCUCAAGUUCUCAAUUGUCGUUUCGUGUUUUAUUUUCUAGUGUCAAUGCUGAAGGCUAUAAAAUAAAAUAUCUCUGAAGUCUUUUUUU